AUGUCGUUCGCCACUGUCUACGGUUUCGAGGGCAACCCGCGCACGCGCGUCCAGCACAUUGUCGCCAAGUACGAGGGCAUCCAGCUCGAGCACGUCGAGACGAACCCGAUGGCGGAGGGUGGUCUCCCUGCCGACUACACCGCCAAGUUCCCUCUCGGACUCAUUCCGGCGCUUGAGAAGGGCGACUUCAAGCUCACCGAGGCGAUCGCUAUCGCGACCUACCUCGCCUCGCAGCAGAACAAGGCUGGUCUCCUCGGCAAGGGCAAGGAGGACGCCGCCGACAUCCUCCGCUGGUCCUCGUGGGCCAACGCCGACCUCCUUCCCUCGAUCGCUGCUUGGUUCCGCCCUCUCAAGGGCCUCGUUCCUUACCAGAAGCCUCAGGUCGAGGCCGCCAAGGCCAAGGCGAUGAAGCACCUCAACUACCUCGAGAAAACGCUCGCGGCCCGCACCUUCCUCGUUGGCGAGCGCAUCUCGCUCGGCGACAUCUUCACUGCCGCCGUCCUCUUCCGCGGCUUCGAGAAUGUCCUCGACGCCGAGUGGCGCAAGCAGAACCCCAACACGAUGCGCUACUGGAACACCGUCAUCCACCAGGCUCCCUUCUUCGAGGUUAUCAAGACCGAGCCGACUCUCAUCGAGACCGCCAUCGUCUACACGCCCCCAAAGAAGGAGACCAAGCCCAAGGCCGAGCAGCCCGCCGCUGCGCCGAAGCCCAAGGCGCCCGCUGCUGCCGCCGAGGAGGAGGACGACAAGCCCGCCGAGCCCAAGGCGAAGCACCCGUGCGAGGCCCUCGGCCCUGCGCAGUCGUUCCCGCUCGACGAGUGGAAGAGGCAGUACUCGAACAACGACACCCCCGUCGCGAUGAAGUGGCUCGAUGAGCACUACAACGCGAACGAAUACAGCAUCGUCCGCUGCGACUUCAAGUACAACGAGGAGCUCACCCAGACCUUCAUGUCGGCGAACCAGUGCACUGGCUUCCACACCCGUCUCGAGGCGUCCCGCAAGUUCCUCUUCGGUUCGCUUAACGUCUACGGCACCUCUGGCAACUCCAAGAUCAUCGGUGUCUACAUGAUCCGCGGCAACGACUGGAAGGCUGUCUUCGACGUCGCUCCCGACUACGAGUCCUACAACUUCACCAUGCUCGACUACAAGACCGACCGCGAGCUCAUCGAGAAGGUCUGGUCGUGGGAGGGCGAGGUCGAGGGCCUCACCGUCGCCGACGGCAAGAUCUUCAAGUAA